CGGUUAAACCGUAGUAGUAUAUAUUUACGGUUAAACAUCGAAAAGAUUUGAUUCAUGCCCAUUAAUUCUGUCAUCGUUCCACCGCAUUAGCAAAGCCAUUAUAUAAUGGCUCUGGUAUAGGGUAAGUCUUCAUUUACGGUUCCACGAAAUGCGAAAUUUGAGCAGCGACACUCGCAGCGGUCAUACAUGCGACUCCACUCCGCGAGGUUUGUUGGUUUUGUUUCUUACAAGCAGACAAGUGUCAGACGCUGAUGGACUUCGAAUCUCAGUGAGCGGCGUGUAUUUAUUUGUAAAUCGUCAUGUUGCGGGUUAGAAAUCGGUUGGGAUGGCCUCGGAGGACUUAUCAAAAUAUUACCGGGAGAAGGAAGUUAUCAACUACCGCAUCUAACUCUAGCAGCCCCGUUGUUAUUGCGGGCGCAACAGUUUUAUCUGGUGGUUUAGUUGCAGUUGGUGCUGCUUGGCAGUUUCCGUCGUUCAGAGAAAGUGCUGAAUUGAAUUUUCCACCUGCAAAAUACUUAUUUAAUCCCAUUUUGGGGCCGCUGAAUAAAUCGAUAGAAGCUGUCCCGAAAAUUAAACAGUCCAACAGAAAAGUAGGUGAUGUCUUUGAAUCAAGUUUGAAAGAGGCAAGAAAAAUUAAAGAAAAGACUGAAGCGAAGUUGGAAGAUGAAAAAGUGACUGCUUCUCAUGAUGAGAGACAGGAAAUUUUAUCUAAACAACCAAUUGAAGAUGAAAGUUCUGCAACCGGUGGUAUUUUGUCAGAGUCUGAAGUGAAUAUUCCCCAAGCAGUAUCUGAACCAGUUCCAGAAAUGCCGACUUUAACGAAUGAUGAGAUACAACCAAUAAAAGAGCUAGUGACGGACGUUGAAACUGAACAGAUUGGUGAAAAAGAAAUACAGAAUGCACCACAGUUGUUGCCUGUUACAACACCAAGUGAUUCUUUACCAGAUAAAGAUGGGAAUCAUUUAGAACGUACACCUGAAGAAGUCUCACAUAAUAUCAUAAAACUGGAGGAAGAUGUUAUUGCAGAUACUGCUGCAAUAUUGACAAUACUGGAUGACGCUUUGUCAUCUUGUGCACAACGUUGCUUGGAGGCUAUCGAUAGUAACCUAGAAGCAUCUAAAGCGAUUGCUUUACAUACAUCUCUUCUUAAAAGUGCUAUGGAUGAAAAGGAAACCAGUUCUGAGGAAAAGAAAAAUCAGUGGACGGAUGUUUCAAGAGUUCUUGAGCAAAAAUCGAGACUCCAGCAGGAGGCAGAAAACCUAAGCCAAGAUGCUCGACAGGAAUUAUCAAAAUUGGGUGCGAUUAUAUCUGAAAUUAAACGGUUCAAUAAUUCAGAUGCAAAGCAAAAAAUAAUUAGUGCUGAAGAAAACUGUAAUGCUAUGCGCAAGGAAUUAGAAAAUGCUUGUAGAGAAGUCAAUAUUAAGCUUUCAGAGUCACAUGUUAUUUCACAAUACAAAGAUUUGAUCGAAACAGCAAAAGAACAAUUUCGUCAGGAGCUUAUGUCUGUCAUGCCUGAUGUUAACGUUGAGUCUGGGUGGCGAAAAUUGAGCCAGAAGCUUUCUCAAGACGAUCUUAAUGCCCUGAUUGCCCAUGCGCAUCGUAGAGUUGAUCAAUUGCAAAGAGAACUUGCAGAGGAGCGUGCAAUAUCAGUGAGCAGAAUGGAGAUGGCUGUACGAGCAGCAAGGGAAAAGUGGGACGAGCAGACUGUUAUAGAAACUGAAAGAAAAAUGGAAUUGCUAAAGCAGGAAAGUGAAGUCGAAUAUGAAAAAAAACUUGAAGAAGCAAGACAAACUUUUGAACGAGAAAUGAGAGUGCAACUGAAACGGCAAGCUGCAGCGCAUUCUGAACAUCUUGCUGACAUGCUUGGAAUACAGGAAAAGCAAGUCAGGAAAGAACUGGAUAUGGAAAUGAAACAAAAACUGGAAGAACAGGAGGAAAAUUUCUUAGCACAAAUGGAAAAGGUAAAAGAAAAGUAUGAAGAUGAAUUGCAUGAAAUAACGGAUAAGUUUCAGUUUGAAUUGAACAAAGCACUUUCAAAAGUAGCGGGUAUUGAAACUGCAAUUGACGGUCGAGCACACAUUGAGAAUGAGUCUCGAAAGGCACAAGAGUUAUGGCUUGCUUGCGAAGCUCUUCGAAUUGCUGUGCAAUAUGGUGAUGACGGUAGACCAGUUCCUCUGGAAAAGGAAUUACAGGCUAUUUCACAAGUUGAUGGUAUAGAGUCGCAGAUAUUAGAAGUAAUUAAAGCAUUUCCUGAGCGUGCUAGCGACUCUGGUGUUUACCCUGAAGAAGCGAUACGUCUUGCUUUCAAGCAAGUAUCAAAAAUGUGUAGACGUCUGUCUCUGAUCAACGAAACAAGAAAUUCAUUUUUUUCAUAUUUUCUUUCAUAUUUAAAGUCACUUUUAAUCGUAAAUCGUGCCCAAGCAGAGCCUCCACAGAAUUUGGAUCCUAAAGAGUUAGAUACUUUUAAAAUUUUGUCCUAUGCGGCGUAUUGUUUGGAUCGUGGUGAUUUGGAGCAAGCUGCAAGGUUUAUGAACCAACUUAAAGGUGAAUCAAGAAGAAUUGCUGAGGGAUGGCUUAAAGAAGCUAGAUUAUUGCUUGAAACCAAACAAACCUUGCAAGUUUUAUCAAGCCUUGCAUCUGCGUCAAGUAUCGCCGCAAAUUUAGAAGUAUGAGAAUGGUCGAAAUUUAUAGCAGCAUCUUUUUUCAUCAAACUCAGAUUUACAAAUGUUUAUAUCUGCAUGUUUUGAAAUUUAUGUUGUCAACUGUAAUAUUUUGGUGAAAUGCUAUUUGAUUUUUUGUUUGUCAGUGAGGUUUAUCACAUCUUUCUCCAGACCAGGCUCUGUGCAAGCAGCCAUUGAUAUGUAAUGAGCCAUGGAACAGUGAGAUUUUCCUUUUUGAAAUAGCCCAGAAAAUUUGGAAGCGUUUUGUGAAGUGGUGGGCAGAAAGAUCUCAAACCUGUGACACCAACAUAAUGAAUAAUAAAUCUUAUGUGUUAGCCACUAGGAUCAGGGUGCAUGCUUUAAUAAGUUGAAAGUAUUGCUUUCUUUUUUGAUUAUUUAAAUGUCAAUCUGAUAAAAAUAUGUUAAAUCUG